AUGUCCGAAUCGAAUUAUUGGCAACGAAACAAGAAGUCUGACAGCUCAAAGCCUUUGCUCCUCAAUCUACAUCCAGUGAAUUUGUCGAGAGAAUCAUAUACGUUCACGUUCACGGUGUGCGAAGAAACCCCCACGAGAGACGCGAGGGGUCGGUACGUGAUAAGGGGUUGCGCAGGCGCCGGCGUAUCGACCAGGAUAGCUCUCCGGGCGACACCCUCGCAAUUCUCCACCGAGCUUCACUGCUUCAUCGGCAAACUAGUGGGUAGUACACGCACGCGACACAGAUUUCAACUUGGAUUGUUUAUUUUCUCCUUCCUCACCUCCUCUUAUUUCAUCCUUUCCUUUCGGAUUACCUUACGUUGAAGUUUCAUCUCGUGCCGCAUCAAGCAGAGAAGACCCGCUCAUCGAUCUAGGAUCUAUUGACACGAUCCAUCGAUUCACAACGAACGACCUAUUUCGCGCGUCGCGACGACAUCGCGUCAUCAGCAAUACAAAGACCAUCGCGACGGCAGAGAACUGAAGCGGAUUAUCUUCCGGAUCACUAACGGUCCGAGCGACGAAACCGGGAGCCAUUUCAUCGCAGCAGCGAGCCCGGUGUAACCAUCAAGAUUACCGGCCGCGGCGG